AUGAGAAGACCUCGGGGAACUGCUCGCUGUGCCGUGAGACGGCCGAGCUGGGCCAGGAGCUCUCCAGGCUGCAGGGCGAGCUGGAGGAGAUCCAGAAGAUGCUCCUGGCGCAGGAAAUCCUCCUGGACCGCACGUCCCGCGCCCACCAGCUGCUCACGUCCUCGGGCCAGGAGCUGAGCGCCGAGGUGGCCGGCUGCUCGGCGGCCAUCGGGCAGGUCAACCGGAGCGUGGGGCGGCUGGCGGAGCGGGCCGGGGGCUGGCGGGCCGAGGCGGCGGGGCUGCGGGGCUCGCUGCGGGCGCUGGCGCAGGAGCGGCUGGAGGCGCGGGCGGCCGUGCAGCAGCUGAACGCGACGCUGGGGCAGAGCUCCGAGUGGAUCCGCGCCGUCCAGAGGAAGGCGGACGAGGAGACGCUGACGCUGCAGAAGAUGGUGGCCGAGUGGCAGAACCACACGCGGCUCCUGGGGGGGCUGCGGGCGGCCGCCGCCGAGACCGGCGAGGCGGUGAAGGGUCUGCAGAGCAGCGUGGGCGCCGCGGCCAGGCAGGUGGGGCAGAACUCGGAGAGCAUGCACGAGCUGGUGCUGCAGGUGAUGGGGCUGCAGCUGCAGCUCGACAAUGUCUCGUCCUCCCUGGACGACCACGAGGAGAACGUGAGCGACCUGCGCUACCACGGGCAGUACGCGCAGAACCGCACGGCCGAGCGCUUCGAGGCGCUGGAAGGGCGCAUGGCGUCCCACGAGGUGGAGAUCGGCACCAUCGUGGCCAACGUCAACGCCACCGACAGCCACGUGCACAGCAUGCUGCGCUACCUGGACGACGUGCGGCUCUCCUGCACGCUGGGCUUCCACGCCCAGGCCGAGGAGCUCUACUACCUCAACAAGUCCCUCGGCCAGGCCCAGGGUGCCACCGACCGGCUGCGGGAACGCUUCGGCCUGCUCAGCGCCCGGCUGGACUUCGACAUCCGCAACCUGUCCAUGGUCAUGGAGGAGAUGAAGGUGGUGGACGUCCGGCACGGGGAGAUGCUGAGGAACAUCACCGUCGUACGAGGUGUGCCGGGCCCCCCGGGCCCCCGCGGCCUCAAGGGCGACGUGGGCACCAAGGGUCCCGCGGGAAGCAAAGGAGAGAAGGGCGACGCGGGCAGCCUGGGCACACCGGGCCCCCCCGGCUCCCCCGGCCCCCCGGGACCCCCCGGUCCCCAGGGGGAAAGGGGACCCCUGGGGGUGAAGGGUUUCCCCGGCCUCAAGGGCACCAAGGGCAGCUUUGGGCUGUCCGGCUCCGAGGGACAGACGGGGCCCAAGGGAGACCUGGGCCCCCCAGGGCCGGACGGGGGGCCGGGGCCGGUGGGACCCCCGGGUCCUCAGGGAAAACCGGGGCUCCCCGGGAACCCCGGGGCUGCGGGACGGAUCGGCCCCACGGGACCCAAGGGAGACCCCGGUUCGCGGGGCCCCCCGGGACCACCGGGUCCCCCCGGCCCCCCCGGCCCAUGACCCAGCCUUGGAG